AUGUUACCAACAAUUUCAAUUACAUCAGCAACUCCAACCAUACCAAGAUCAACCCCACCAAUAUCAGCUAGACUUCCAUUCCAACAACGUCAACAACAAACCCAACAAUUACCGUCACUACGACCUGAUAUCAAAAUAAAACUCGAAGAGCCACUACCAGCUGAUGAUCAAUAUCAAUAUCCACAAAAUCAACAAUUCUAUCAAUCUGAACAAUAUCAAUUUGGACUUGAACAAUAUCAACAAUAUCAAAUCCAUCAAUUUGAAGUUGAACAAUAUCAACUAUUUGAAUAUUACCAACAACAAUUUGAAUAUCAUCAACAGCAAUAUAUACAUCAACUUCAACAAUCGCAAUUCGAAUCACCACAUCAAAAUGUUAGAAUCAAACUUGAAGAGCCAGCCGACGAAACAGUCGAUCAGCUUGACUUGACCGAAAGAUUUAACAAAUUAUCAUUCAAUUUAUAUCAAUAA